GUCUGGGAAGCGGCGCCAUAUUGGCGUCGUCCGCGCUGUAUUGUCAUAAAUAGAGCCGGUUUUGUGGUGUUUUCACUACUCGUUUGGAUGCCUCGGCGGUAGUAAGUGGGGAAGUGAAAGAGCGAGCGAGCUGCAAGUGACUGCAGGAAAGUGGAUACAGGGAGAAGGGAGCGACAAGAACAGGACUCCAGAGCGAAAGACACUCGCUGAAGAGGGAGACGCAGGAAGCGAUGAAAGAGAUGUCUGCAAACACCAUGCUGGACAGCCAGCGUCAACAAAAGCAUUAUGGAAUUACCUCUCCAAUUAGUUUGGCAUGUCCUAAAGAAAUUGAUCAUAUUUAUACACAGAAAUUAAUUGAUGCCAUGAAGCCAUUUGGAGUAUUUGAAGAUGAGGAAGAACUGAACCACAGGUUGGUUGUUCUUGGUAAAUUGAAUAAUUUAGUAAAAGAAUGGAUAUCCGAUGUCAGUGAGAGUAAGAAUCUCCCACCUUCUGUUGUGGCUACGGUUGGUGGUAAAAUUUUCACAUUUGGAUCCUAUAGGCUUGGAGUACACACCAAAGGAGCUGACAUCGAUGCACUUUGUGUAGCUCCAAGACAUGUAGAAAGAUCUGAUUUUUUUCAGUCUUUUUUUGAAAAAUUGAAACAUCAAGAUGGCAUUAGAAACUUAAGAGCUGUAGAAGACGCUUUUGUACCUGUUAUAAAAUUUGAAUUUGAUGGUAUUGAAAUUGAUCUAGUCUUUGCAAGACUGGCAAUACAAACCAUAUCAGAUAAUUUAGAUCUAAGAGACGACUCUCGCCUGAGAAGCCUUGAUAUAAGGUGUAUUCGCAGCUUAAAUGGAUGUAGAGUUACCGAUGAAAUUUUGCAUUUAGUGCCAAAUAAAGAAACUUUUAGACUCACCCUAAGAGCAGUCAAAUUAUGGGCAAAACGACGUGGUAUUUAUUCCAACAUGCUGGGAUUUCUUGGUGGUGUCUCCUGGGCAAUGCUAGUUGCAAGGACUUGCCAAUUGUAUCCAAAUGCUGCGGCUUCUACUUUAGUUCAUAAGUUUUUUUUAGUUUUUUCCAAGUGGGAAUGGCCAAAUCCUGUGCUAUUGAAGCAACCAGAAGAAAGCAAUUUGAAUUUACCCGUCUGGGAUCCUCGGGUAAAUCCAUCAGAUAGGUAUCAUCUCAUGCCCAUAAUCACCCCUGCCUACCCACAACAGAAUUCUACGUAUAAUGUGUCCACAUCAACUCGGACAGUAAUGGUAGAAGAAUUUAAACAAGGUCUUGCAGUUACAGAUGAAAUUCUUCAAGGAAAAUCAGAUUGGUCCAAAUUACUUGAACCACCAAAUUUCUUUCAAAAGUAUAGACAUUAUAUAGUAUUAACUGCCAGUGCAUCAACAGAAGAAAACCAUCUAGAGUGGGUUGGGUUAGUAGAAUCUAAAAUCCGUGUUCUUGUUGGAAACUUGGAACGGAAUGAAUUUAUUACUCUUGCCCAUGUGAAUCCCCAGUCAUUCCCAGGAAAUAAAGAACAUCAUAAAGACAACAAUUACGUAUCAAUGUGGUUCCUCGGGAUAAUUUUUCGGAGAGUAGAAAAUGCAGAAAGUGUUAACAUAGACUUGACAUAUGAUAUACAGUCAUUUACUGAUACAGUUUACAGACAGGCAAACAAUAUAAAUAUGCUAAAGGAAGGAAUGAAAAUUGAAGCAACUCAUGUAAAGAAAAAACAACUUCAUCACUACCUUCCAGCAGAGAUUCUUCAAAAGAAGAAAAAGCAAAGUCUGUCUGAUGUCAAUCGAUGUUCAGGUGGACCUCAGUCCAAAAGAUCAUCUCUGGACAGUAGUUGUCUGGAUAGUUCCAGAGACACUGAUAAUGGAACGCCUUUUAAUUCCCCAGUGUCUACAAACAAAUCUUCCAAACCUGAAAGUCCUCCUGCAGGAGAAGCAGAAAGGAAUAAUGCUGAACCUGCUGCUGUAAUUGUGGAAAAGCCACUGAGUGUUCCACCAGCUCAAGGAUUAUCUAUUCCAGUCAUCGGUGCAAAGGUUGACUCUACAGUGAAAACUGUAUCAUCCCCAGCUGUGUGCACUAUUCCUACUGUGGUAGGGCGAAAUGUCAUUCCUAGAAUCACAACACCCCACAACCCUGCCCAGGGACAACCACAUCUAAAUGGAAUGUCAAAUAUAACUAAGAAUGUUACACCCAAAAGAUCCCAUUCCCCAUCUGUAGAUGGGACUUCUAAAAGGUUGAAAGACAUAGAGAAGUUUAUUCGACUCGAAUCAGCAUUUAAGGAUUCCCAUUCUGCUGAAGAGAGAAAAAGAAAAUCAAUGGAUGCCAUUGGAGGAGAAUCUAUGCCUAUUCCAACUAUUGAUACAUCUCGCAAAAAGAGACUACCAAGUAAAGAACUACCAGAUUCAUCAUCCCCAGUUCCAGCAAAUAACAUCCGUGUCAUCAAAAAUUCCAUUCGACUGACCCUUAAUCGGUAAAAGCAGUGCCUCCUCACUUAAGUGAGCAUGCAAUCAUAUAGUGGCAUAGAUAUAGCCACUCUUUUCAAAAUAGAAGUGGCUGUUAUACGUAAAAUAGGUGAAAGUUACAGUCAUCAGCCUAACGACCUUGAAGUGGUUUUUGAACUCUCACACUGACCUGCAGAUGCUGUAGCAUUCUCUCACUGAUUGCUACAUACACUCCUCUGAGGAUCACCUGCUAUCAAAUUGUCAUCUACACUAUUAUGGCUUCGCAUUUGAAGGUUUUACUGCCUUAACUUUUGAUGUUUGUUUCUCUUGUUAUGGGAACCAGUUCUUGGCCACUUGGACACUGAAAACAAGUGCUAAACACUUUCUUUUUUCUUUUUUUAAGUCUUAUGUUGUAAUCAUUGUAUAGAACUGAAAAAGUUGAAAAAAAAUUUUGUCUUGUAAUUUUCCAAAUGUUAAUGCAUUUAUUUUAGUAUCAGAGCCAGUUUCUGAAACCUGAGAUGAAUGAAUGUGAGAUAUCUUUUCUGCUUCCUUCAUUUGUGUAGAUGUAUUGUCUGUUCUGUUGGUUUAAAUUAUUUUUUUCUAGAUGGCACAUGGAAUAUUUAAACUUUUUUUUGUUUUUUUCUUUUUGUGCCUUUCUGUCCUAAUGUUGCAUAGUUACCAGGGAGGAUUAGUCCAGUGAUUACAUAAGAGUUGGGCACCAUAAAUUCUCUAUAUUUUGCCUCCCAUGGAGGCCUUUGAAAUGCAUCUUUAUUAAAAAUCAAAAUAAAUCCAGGAUACUGAAAGUCAGUAUAUGAAUGGUGAAAUUGUUACGUAUCCUACUAUCUCAUGCCAUUCUUGUUAGUUGACCGGUAUUUUUUACUGAGGAUCAACUCAUUUCACCAUCAACAAGAUACCUUUACAUAUGGCAAACUUGUAUUUUUGAAGUGUAAAAUUAACUCGGCAUGAUAAUUCCUGACCAUAAUUUACCCCACAACUUCAAAAUUUCUUCACGGACUAGGCAUGCAGAAAUAAGCAGUGGAUUUUAUUGAACUCUAAAGGCAUUUUUGAAUGACAUUGUUAACAACCAUUAAUUGGCUCAGGACCUUUGUAAUUUUUAUUUAACUAUAUUAGUUGUCUUUUUUUACACUGCUUUUUUCAAUGCACUUCUUAAUAUUUUUUAAGUUUCAUGAAUGCAUGCUCAGUUUAUUAAAAUCCAUAACCAUGUAAUUCUUGUAAUAUGUUGAUUCAGUGUUUUGUAAAUGAAGUCGUAUGUAUUUUCAGAGUAUUUUUGUAUGUACUGUAAGAUACCAUCUUUUCAAAGAGAAACCUUUAAAACCUUUACUGUCUCUCUUUAGUCUAAUUUUUUAAAUAUGAAUUAUGCUUGAAUUAUUAUAUUUAAAAUGAAAAUGUGUAGAUUGCACAGCCAGGAAUGCCAGUAUAUGUUACAGUUCUUCAGCUUUCAUACCACAUUUAGUGGGCCAGUAGGAAAAACAGAAUGGCACAUUGAAUAGUGAAGAAAUACCUGGUUGUAUAUUUUAUAGGACUCAUGGGAUGCCAUCUUGUCAGUGGAGAAAUAGCAGUCCAUUUUCUCUUGCAAGCCCCUUUACUGUUGAGUUUAAAUUCUUGAAUUCAGAUUGUCAGAGAGCAGUAUCUCCCAUCUCCCACUCCUGUUUCCCAUCCUCUAGGUCUCUGAAAUACAAAUUCUAGUGUUUAGCUUGUACAAAGAAAAAUGUGGCAAACUUCUAGAAGGAAAAAUAAUUGUUCCAUUGUUAACUUUUUCCCUAUCAGCAAAAGAUAAGAAUGAAAUCCCAUAACCAAGUUGUAGUUUCCAUGGCAAAGUCAUUCUCUUAGCUGACCCUUUUCCUGUAUUCACGUAUUUUUGGAUUUGUUUUACAAAUACUCUUAUUUGGACAAAAUUGAAUGAUUAUGAAAGAAUUGAAUAACUGUCACUUGACUUCAAAUUUUGAAAAUUCUUUGGUAAGGGACUUAAUUAAAUUUUAUAUACUUGAAGUGUCUCUGUGUUUCUGUAUUUCCUCUCCCCUGCUUUUAUAAAUCAGUCUUUAACAUCUCUUUAGGAAUUCCUUAUAGGGCUGGGGAUAUAGCUCAGUUGGUAGAGUGCUUGCCUCGAAUGUACAAGGCCCAGCACCACAAAAAAAAAAAAAAAAAAAAAAGAAUUCCUUAUAUCUCCAUGUUUACCCUGUUAUAGAAACAUAUUCUUUGGAGUGGCCAGUGGAGUUUUUCUUUAACAAGAAAACAACAAAUCUGACCCCCUACCAUAAUAUAGUCAUUUCUCUUAGAUUAAAGAUCCAUUCUGCAUGAUGUUAAGCCAUGGUCAAUGGUUCAACAUUAGAAUCCUCAAGAAUAGUAUUCUUCAACUUGUUCAGUCAUGGAGGUUGAUAAGAUGCUUUUGAGAUGGUGGGUUUACUCAGAAGUGUAUUUCUCAUCCUGACAAGCAGGAAGGAUUCGGUACAUUUCGUGACCAUAGCAGGAGCUUCCAUUGUAUUGGUUCCAAGGAAGUAAAAGGAGACAGUGUGGUCUAGGAUUGUAUGUUACGUUCAGAGGCACUACAUGUAUUCAUUUUCAAGUGGAACUAUACCUAGAAAUACAUUUCAUAAAGUCCCAUAACCUAUUCUUCAGUAUAUAGACACAUAUUUAUUUUCACACAGUAUUAGAUUUUAAUAUAUUCAUUUUUCAGUGACUAACUCUGGAGAAUAGUAUAUAUCAAAGGAAAAUAGAUGAUGUUUAAACCUUAGGGACUUAGAGAUAGUAACUGGCUGAAAACUUUGUAAAAUUGGGGCAAAAGAAUGAAUUUUCCAAGUUUAUUGGUGCUUAAAAUAAGAACUUUAUCUUAAGAUGGUGUUAAGUGCUUAUUUUAUACUAUAGUAGCAAUUAAAGAAAAUAGGCUAAAGUUAUUUUCCACUAUUAUCCCACAGUUGUGAAAUGAGAAUUCCUAACUUGGGGAUCAUGAACCCUUUAUAUAUGACAUGUUUUUGUUUAUAUGCAUUUUAGGGGGAUGAGGGGUCAUAACUUUCAUAAGUUUCUCAAAGUGAUUCAUGACCUGAAAAAGGGAAAGGAGGUAGGAACCACUAGGAUUGAACAAUCCUAGAAUAUUUCAAAUUUCCUCCAUUUGAUUUUGCUGUGGUGUAUUUCUGAAAAUGUACUGUGGCUCUUAACUAGUAAAGUAUUGGUAGAGGAUCUGGAACACUAUUUCUAAAAUUCUUUAUAUACUUCAGAUGAAACAUACCAACAUGAUAAAAACAUACCGACAUCAGAUUAUCAUAUGUCUUCAUGUUAAAUCCACUAACAGGGUCAAACCUUAGUUCUAACAAAUUUAACCUAAGAUCCAUCUGAGUAAAAUAGCUUAGAAUGAUCAUUAUAAGUGAUAUAGAAUAGAAAUAAUCAUCAAAGGUCCUAAUCCUUUGCUUUCAGUAGCAUUAAAUUUUUCACUUUCUCCUCCAUGUUUGUCAUUCAGGCCAGAACACACUGAACAGACCAAUAAAUAGAAGUGUUUUAGUUAAAAAUAAAUAUUUUUGUAUAAAGUGUUUGUGUUUAAAUAAACAACUGCCUAACAAAUCAUCCAAAGCUUAGAAUCUAAAUUGGUUGUGAUGCUAAUAACAAAUAGUGCACAGAUGGAAGAAAACCAGUCUCAAUAAUAACAAAUUAUUUCCUUUGAGGUUUUCUGAAGAAUUGUACAACGUCAUGUCCUUCCCAGAUUCCCUAAUUUUUUGAAAUAAUUUUAUAUUUAAAAUCAGUUAAACAUAAAUUUAUCAAGUUUGUUAUAAUUUUAAGCUAUUACUGCAUUUUAACAGACUGAAAGUACUUAGGCUGUCUUUGAUGUAAAUGGUGCUACAUCAUUUCACAGUAUUCUAUAAAAUGAAUGCAGCUGCUGUUCCUUUCUAGAUGUUUGUGUGGUUCAUAUUAAUUUUUCCUGCCUUUAUUUGGAUUGUUUUAUUUCUUAGUUGUACAUAUGAGACUUAUUUGUCUGGAAUAAGUAAUCAAAUAAACUUGCUUUGAUAAAUA